AUGGAUACUAAAAGGCCGUUACCAUCCGGAUCCUCAUCAUCAUCAACCGCAAACUCUUCAUCAUCAACCGCAGACUCAUUAUUCACUAUUGAAGCCCCGUUACCAGCGACCGAACUCACUGCCACUUCACCAUCAGAUAGUGACAAGUUGAGAACGGCCAUUCAGAACGUUGUUAACGCGAACAAAUCUCGAGCCGACGCUUUAACACAAGUUUUUCGUUUGAGUAGUGAACUUCGACGGAAUGUGGAUAACAAUGUCAAAUGGUGUAUGAUUGAGACGAUGGAGAUCUUCAGGAGUUAUGUUCCAGAGGAGGUGUUCAAUAUAAUGGCAGAGAGUUGUCCGGAACUGAAGCCUGAUGUUAGCGAGCGGAAUUGUGUCAUUUUUAAUGCGAAACGACGCAAAUUUGGUAAGAUUUUUGCUUUAUAUUGUUGGUUAUUUAGGUAUGGAGGUUUUUAAAUUGAUUUUGAAGGAUUUAACUGGGUUUAAAAUGCUUUUCUGAGCCAAGAACCUGAGUUAUAACACCGCGUCAAAAAGAAUUGGGCGAUUUUUUUAUUAGUUUUAAUAGUAAAAUGACCAACUCUUUUGGCGCGCGGCAGAAUUAUCAAUAUUUUGAGCUUUUUAGGUAACGAAGCCAGUUUUUUUGUAUUUCAACAUAAAAAAGGAUACAUAUUUGAUACUAUUAUAGAUAGAAUGUUGCUUUUUGUCAAAGCUUCAAGUAUUAAAACAAUUUUUAGGUAAUUUAAGACGAUAUUUUAGGCAAAAAAUUUAAUUUUAACUUUUUUUCUGCAUUUUUCUUAAUUUUAGAUUUAGAAUUCAUCUCUGUGGACCCACGAGCCUUACCUACUACAAUAUCUCUCAAUCGGCCAAAAAUAAAGGUAGUGAAUCAAAAAAAGUUGGCUUGUAUUAGUCCAACCAGUAGUUUAAACCAAGAUAAGAAUGAGAAUUGGAAACCAAGCACUUCUGACAGUUGUGGGUACAAAGAGGCACAGAAGGAUGAUGAUUUAGGUAAUGUAGCUUUAAUUUAAAAAAUUAGACAUUCUGACAAGGAAAGGUCCCCACCGCGCAUUGGACUGGUGAAAAACUGGUACAUACAAGUUGUAGAGCAUGGUCAAAUUAGUCAAAAACCGAAAAAUAAUUUAUGCCUCGUGGGGGUUUUUUAAAAAAUUUUAUUACGUCGAAGUUUAAAAACCUUAAUUGCGCUCGCGCUAGACUCGGAAAAGAAGAGGAGACAGUUCCGUGAAUCAAUAGCGCAGUGGUUGCGCUCUCGACUAACGCUCAAAGCCUUUUGGUUCGAGUCGCGUCGGGGGCACGCUCUUUUGUGUUUUGAUUAAAAUUUUUAAAAUAAAAAAAAUUAUUUUUUGGUCUAAUUUUGUUUUUUUUUACAAUUUGCUCGUUCUAUUAUUCUUUAAAUAGUACUUUUAUUUUAUUUUUGUUUGUAAUAAUGGAGACGUUUUGUUCUGAGGUGAUCUCAAAGUGCCUUACGAGCUGGUGGAUAAGUAUGUAGUUUUAGGAAUCGAAUAAUUGAGAAGUUCAGAGCUAUUUGAUUGUGCUUUUAGGUAAUUAUGCUAAAUAAAUAGAAUUGUAAGUAUAAUAAAAAAAUUUAAAUUAUAUUAAAAACAAGCUUAAUAAAUAGAGAAAUUGAUUCUUUGAUGUAAACAAAACAAAAUUUGACCAAAAAAAAUAAUUUUUUAUUUUUAAAAACUUUAAUCCAGGCACAAAAAGGUGUGCCCUCGGCGCGACCCGAACCGACGUGCUUUGAGCGUUAGCCGAGAGCGCAACCACUGCGCUAUUGAUUCACGGAACUGUCUCCUCUUCUUUUCCGAGUCUAGCGCGAGCGCAAUUAAGGUUUUUAAACUUCGACGUAAUAAAAUUUUUUAAAAAACCCCCACGAGGCAUAAAUUAUUUUUCGGUUUUUGACUAAUUUGACCAUGCUCUACAACUUGUAUGUACCACUUUUUCACCAGUCCAAUGCGCGGUGGGGACCUUUCCUUGUGAGUUUAAAAUUUGAAAAUGUUUGGUAGUCAUAUGACAUUUUUUUUUGAAAUUAAAAAAAAUGAAAAAAAAUUUUUGAUUUUUGUCGGUUUUAGCAAAUUUUAAAGUUAUUAAAAACUGUUUAGAAAAAGCGGACGAAAAUACGAAUGAAGUGAUAGAAGUCAAUAUUAUCAAGCAAAAAUUGGCUCAAUUGGACACAAAAAAAGACAAAGUGGAACAAAUGGACCCACAAGCAGAGAGAAAGAUCACUGUGAAGAAAGUUUUUCUUCAAAAAGCUGGAAUUUACAAUAAAAAGGCUAUUUAUAACGAUAAGAAGAGGAAAGUCAAGGAUAAUUAUGGUGACGACAAGAACAAAGACAAGGACAAAUAUGGAGAUAACAAGCACAAAGAUGAAAACAAGGAUGGGCAAAAAGACGAAUAUAAGGGUAAUAGUGAUGAUGAUGAUGAUGAUAUUCAGGUGGUCAAAGAAGUUGAAUGUGAGAUUUGAAUGAAUUCAUACGAUUUUAAAGCCUAGUGUCAUUUUAAAGCUUAAACUCUAUUUUUAAACCUAAACUUAGUUUUUAAGCCUAAAAUUCAUUUUUAAGCCUAAAAUUGAUUUUAAAGCAAUAUUUUUAGAUUCAGGGUCAGAUUUAUCAAGUAUGCCACGAGUUAAAUUCAUCAACAAAGCCCAAAAAGAAGAGAAGAAACAACAAGAAGAACAUAAAGUUGAAGAUGAAGUGAAAGGAUUAAGGAGCUUUUUGUUUCGACCAGUUGUUAAGGCGAAUUGUGUUUCAUCUGCAAAGUAGGUUUUUAAAAAUUUAUUUUUAGGCUUAAAAAUAAAGCUUAGGCUUAAUAAAGAAGCUUUAAGCUUAAAAAUGAAAUUUUGUGCUUGAAAAUAAAGUUUAGGCUUAAAAAUGAAACUUUAUGCUUAAAAUAGAAUUUUAAGUUUAUUAUUGCUUUUUAGUGAUGAAAAGCAACCGACCUUGGUAAAUCAUGUUGUACGUCAAUACAACAGACGUUGUGCUCGUGGUCGAGCACGGAAGUUGCCAAUUGGAGAUAACGGCAACUUUCACGAGAAUAAAGAUGAAAAUCGACUGGUCGAAGGAGCGCCCAAGUUUGGCAUCAUGGAAAUGCAACCCACUAUUCAGCCGGUCAAUAUACUUGUGCGAUCAGUCUGUAAACCUGAACGAUCAGUCGAUAAAGUUCAACAAUCGGUCGAAAAACCUCAAAAAACGGUCGAUAAACCACUUCAACCGGUCGAAAAAACAGUUUUCGCGACUACAAGGAAACGACGACGAAGAAGCGUUGAGAUGCCGAAGCCAACCAUGGUGGUGUUACCUAAAAUUGGCUGCUUCAAUUUGUCAAAUGGAGACCAGGACGAAGUGUCAACUAUUGAUUAUUUUGAAGAGAUGGAAGAAGAAGAGGAAGUGGAAAUCGACCGCUAUCCAGACGUGCCAUCAAGCCUUAAAGCAAUCAUGAAUUCGAUCAAGUCGCCUGAGAAAGUGAAAAAAUGA